AUGAUCACUAUAACCAAAUGGCUCAAUUUUGCGAUACAACAAAGAGUUGAGUACCUUUUUCUCCGUCUCAGCUCGGUGUUACUUCCUAAAUUUCCCAUCACCAUUCUCACUUGCAAAACACUUGUGGUUCUCAAGCUUUUUAGUUUCCGCGUGGAAGAGGGUUUUUCAGAUUCUUCUGUUCUACUUCCUUCUCUCAAAACCCUUCAUUUGGAAUAUAUUUGCGAGUGGAACAGCUUUUGUUUGACGAACUUGACCAGAGCUGAUAUUGAUUGUACUCCGUGUUAUUUUCCGUUGAAAACAGUUCACAACACACAUUCUCUGCGCCUUAAAAUCCAUCAGGGACCUUCCUCGAAUGAAUUGAUUCCUACUUUUCACGAUUUGACCCAACUUGAACUUAUUUCUUUUAGUUAUAGUUGGCAGUUAUUAGUAGAACUUCUCAACCACUUUCCUAAGCUUCAAAAGCUUCACAUUGAUCAGGCUGAAGUAGACCAGGAAAUAUGGAGUAGAAUAGAUGACAGAGAAGAGUGGGUAGACCUAGAUGUUGUUCCAGAAUGCCUUUCAUUACACCUUACAACAUGCAAUCUAUUCAACUUCUUAGGCCUUCAAGUGCCAGUUAAUUUUUCUGUGGUUCUCGAGCUUUUUAGUUUCAGCGUGAAAGAGGGUUUUUCAGAUUCUUCUGUUCUACUUCCUUCUCUCAAAACCCUUCACAAUCUUUGUCUCAGUGCACAAGUCGAUAGAAAAUGA